AUGAAUCUGGCCUUCAGCGCUCUUUUCCUGAUCCUUGGCUCCUUCCUGAGCAGCUCUGCUACCAGUGUUGAAGAAUGCAGAGCUCUGGUCACCCCUCUGUCCACUUUUGAACCGCAACUGGGAAGGUGGAACUGUUUGGGCUUCAUUGAUAGUAAACCACAUCAAGUAUUGUUCAAGACCACCCAGACCCAGUGGAUUGAGUACGUCAAAACUGGAUCUGAUUCACAACCAGAAUAUCAACAGCUAAUUGGGAUCAAGCAUACUACAUACUGCAAGUACGGAACUUUCCCCAUGACUUUUCAUUCCAACUCCGCCGUAAUGGACAAGUCCAACUUCACCUGCACAUACCAGUCUCUGCCAACCUGUGAAGACUGUCUGCUCUACCUUAUUAACGCAAGAAACAACGACAUCAUAGUCAACAGUAUGGACAAUCCGGACCCUCAAACCAUUUCACAGGUCAAACACUAUCGGGCGUUCUACAUGAUGACCAAAGGAAACAGCAUCAAGCACUCAGACUUUUUGCAUGCCAUGAAGCAGGCAAGAUGUCUGGGUUUCACAGGAGAACCCGACUUCGUCCUGGACCCCGCCAGUGAGUACUGCGAGAAACAAGGUUAACGACGAU